GAGUAAUAUUUAAUCUGGUUCUGAACGUCUACCUGGAAGAAAGAAAAGGGCUACUUCCAGGUGUGUGAUAGGAAAAGUGACUUACACGUCAGGUAUCAUGGAUCUUAAGGCACUACGCAAACCAGAUCUAGACGCAAUUUGCCUAGAGUUGGGGAUCGACAUUGCGGGCCUGAAAAGAAAGCCUCAAAUUAUGGAUGCUAUUCAUCGGUCGGGUGCUGACGGAGACGAACUGCAGGAGUGUUGGGAGUUUAUUCAGGAACGCGAGAAAAGAGAGCAAGAGGAAGAAAGGAAACGCGUGGAAAGAGAAAAGGCGCAGAAAGAGUCCGAGGAGAGAGCAAUCGAGAAGGCCAGGAUCGACCUCGAGCAUGCACGGGCAACUGGGAAACCAAGUGCAGUGGGGCAGCAGGGCUGGAAAAUGAAGAAUCUUUUGCAGCCCUACAAGGUUGGUGAGGAUAUAGGCCUAUUCCUCGUCAAUUUUGAGAGGGCUUGCGAAAAGGCAAGUUUCUCUCGGGAGUCGUGGCCUCAGCGCCUCUUGACGUUGUUGCCGUGUGAGGCGGCGGACGUGGUAGCCAGGCUGAGUAGGGAAGACUCGGAGGACUACACAAAAGUAAAAUCGGGCCUCCUCAGAAAGUACAGGUUGUCCGCCGACGCUUUUCGCAAGCGAUUCCGCGAAGUAAGGAAGAAGACCAGCGAGUAUUAUCCUGAGUUCGCGUACAGCCUGAAGUCGAACUUAGAGGAAUGGCUAAAGGGUUCCGAGGUUUUUGGGGACCAUGACAAGGUGGUAGAGUGCGUCUGUCUGGAACAGUUUUUUAGUACCUUGCCCGAAGAAACCCGCUACUGGGUGCAGGACCGGCCUGACGUGAAGACGGUACAGCGAGCGGCGGAACUCGCUGAAGAGUUCAGCUCUCGUCGUGGCGUGCUUCCCGAAUGGCGCGGUCGCCAGCACAGAGACUCCUCGAAAGGGAUCGGUGCGGGGUUUAAAGGGACCAUGAAAAUUUUAAAAUCAUUUCAUGGUCCCUUUAAGGACAGGUUACGGCAAGGGAAAGAGAAGGGUAGCCACAACGGUAACGCAGAUGGGGCGGCGAAGGAGGGCGAAAACGGAGGAAAGAAACCUGAGGAGAAAGGGCACGGGAAGGCGUUCGAGUCCCGAAAACCUUCAGUAUGCUUUAGGUGUCACGAGCCGGGGCACUUCGCUGCCGGGUGCCGUACACGAGUGGUGUUUUCUUUCGUAAGUGAAGACGAUGAGAACAUGCGUCUCUUAGAGCCCUACAUGCACGACUUGGUGGUGAACGGUAAACCUUGCAAAGUUCUCCGUGACUCACCCGCUACAAUGGACGUGAUUCAUCCGUCCUACGUAAGUCCAUCUGACUUUACAGGCGAGUGCGCCUGGAUUAGACAGGUCGUUGAGGAGAACAGCGUAUGUCUGCCGAUUGCCAAGGUCAAAGUGGAGGGGCCUUUCGGGGAAAUAGAAGUAGAAGCCGCGGUAUCAAAGUCCCUGCCCGAGAGGUACCCUUACCUCUUUUCAAACAAAUCCGAUCAGCUUCUGAGAGAAACGGGCCUAAGAUUUGGGGAAGGAGUUGUCCAGGCUUUGACACGUUCCAAGGUGCGCGAGCUCGCAGCUAAGCAGUCGACCGAACACGGUAGUGAGGGCAGUCGGGACGAAAAGCGCAAUGGGUCAACUACUUGUGACUCCACCGAGAUCCCUGAAGUGAUUGAAGUUGCGCCCAGAGAGAGCAGUGACAGUGGGAGUGAUCCGGCUGAGGAUCAGGAACAAGUAGAUAGAUCAACUCCGCAGGAAGAGGGACAUUUUCUCUCGCCUCACUCAUCGAGUUUUCGGAGCCUGGUGGAGGUGGACAGAGACACUUUAGCGGCCGAACAGGCGAGUGACCCCACCCUGGGUAACAUGACGAACCACACUCAAAGGGAGGGAGUGGCUAAGCGGAACGUUUCGUUCCACACUCGUUCUGGCGUGGUUUACCGACAGUACAGGGAUCGCAAAGGGGUCAGUUAUGACCAGCUAGUAGUUCCGACAAAGUAUCGCAGGGACCUUCUCUGUCUUUCGCAUGGUAGCUCUUGGUUGUGUCACUUAGGCGUAAAGAAAACCAAGGCACAAUUGCUACAGGAAUUUUACUGGCCGGGUUGCUUCAAGGAGGUAGAAGAGUUUGCGCGCUCGUGCGAUGCCUGUCAACGCGUUGGAAAGCCAAAUGACAAGCAAAAGGCGCCACUGAAGCUGGUACCACUAAUCACCGAACCGUUCCGACGUCUGGUGAUUGACGUUGUGGGACCGCUUCCGGUGACCGAUUCGGGAUACCGGUACAUCUUAACCAUGCUUUGCCCCGCGACUAAGUUUCCGGAAGCAAUUCCCUUAAAAGAGCUUAGUUCCGCCGGGGUAGUUGACGCGCUUCUGUUGGUGUUUGCUCGGAUAGGAUUUCCGGCAGAGGUGCAAAGCGACCAAGGGAGCGUUUUUACUAGCGCCCUGACCACGACCUUUCUAGAAAAAUGCGGAAUUCGCGUAGUUCACAGCUCGGUUUACCACCCUCAGAGCAACAGCGUUGAAAAAUGGCACUCAGUUCUCAAACGCGUUCAACGCGCGCUCUGUUACGAGCAUAAGAAAGACUGGGAAGCCUGUCUGCCUGCAACGAUGUUUGCUCUGCGGACGGUCCCGCAUGAAACUACUGGGUUUAAUCCCGCUGAGCUGGUGUACGGGCGAUCCCUGAGGUCUCCCCUCCGAAUGUUACGUGAGGCAUGGGAAGGCGAGGGCGAGCAGGUGACGGUAGUGGCCUACGUUUUAGAGCUCCUUGAUCGCAUGCACAGCACUAGAGAGUUAGUAGAGGCUAACAUGAAAGCCGCGCAGACGAAAGCCAAACUCUAUUACGACAGAACAGCCAGACGUCGCACGUUCGCCGUAGGGGACGCGAUCAUGCUGCUCAGGCCCACUAAGAAGAAUAAACUAGAAGUUCAGUGGGAGGGGCCAGCUGAGGUAGUUGGAAAGUUGUCUGAUACGAACUAUGCGGUGAAGAUGCCUGGCCGGCGUAGGGAAGCCAGGAUAUUUCACAGCAACUUAAUGAAACCAUACCGACAACGGGAGGCAGUAGUCAACCUAGCACUAAACAUGCCCGAAGAAGUCGAAGGAGACUUUCCCGCGGUCGGUAACGAGCCAGGAGGUGAGUCUCUCCAGCGAAUGCUGGAGAGAGUAGAACGCGAGACGGAGUUAGAUCCAACACAGGUAGCCGAACUCCACGCGCUGGUUAAUGAGUUUCGUGACUGUUUUGCGGAUAAACCAGGGAGAACCAGCCUAGUGGAGCAUGACAUCGAAUUAACGACCGAUACUCCGAUCCGUUCCAGACCUUAUCGCGUCUCUCCUAGGCAGAGAGAAAUCCUAGAUCAGGAAAUAAAGCGAAUGCUGGAGCUAGGGGUCAUCGUACCAGCGGAGAGCGACUACACCUCCCCGGUAAUCCUGGUAGAGACUCCUGGGAAAAGUCCUAGACCCUGUGUGGACUAUCGAAAACUAAACGCCAUAACGCGGGACCAGACUUACCCAAUCCCUAAUAUUGAGGAAAGAGUCGAACAGGUACGCGCUUCACUUUCGAGACAGACCACUGCCCACUCACGUGGCUCCAUAACAUGUCCGCAAAGAAUGGGCGUCUUCUGAGAUGGAGCUUAGCUCUACAGCGGUAUAAUUUUGAAGUAAAGUACCGAAAAGGCAAGCUAAACGGGAAUGCGGAUGGGCUUAGCAGAGGCUUUGUCGCGUAGGUUGAAAUUCUUGAUAAUGUUGCCUUUUUCUUCUAUUUUUUUUUUUGUUUUCUUUUGCGUGUGUAAUAUGGUUCGAUGUCAGCCUGAUUUUGAUGAAAUGCAUCAUCAUAUGACUUUCUUUGAGAUCAAAAAUGAAUGAAAUAAUCGCCGGGUUUCCGAGGCGGUAUGUUCUUCUUAACCUUUACGUUUGGUUGCGUGGUAUAUAUUUUCUAGAUAUUUUGACGUAUCAGUUACGGGGUUGAUUGUAUUCACAGUAGUGGUCUUAAUUGUUUGUUCUCGCCAGCUGGUAAAUUUCACUCGUGGAGUGUUGGGCACUGGCUGGGGUUACGGCUUCGGCUUUUUUUUGCGGGUUCUGUUAUGCCUUCGACAGGUCUUCACCCAAGUCUGCUCCAAACGGGGCAGUUCUUCGUUCGCCAAAAAAGUCUACGGAGGAAGCGGAACUUCCUGGACUCUUCGGAGAGCAGCGGUGACUGCAACCCCUUCGAGUCCACUACCUGGCGGCGGAGGAGCUGCUAUGAAUGGCCCCCGGACCAGACCCUCUCGAUCUAAACCACCCGGCACUGGGGAACCCCCUUGAGAAUCGUCGCCAUAUGGUUCCGGUCAGUUGAGAUUGAGCCCGGAAACGAAGCGAGCGGCGACAAAGGGAUGGCUUUCGACGGAGGACCACCGUGUUGAUGCCGCCACACCUAGGCGCGAAGCUGGGCCGGACCCUUACUUCUGGCGGGGAUUACACUGGCCCGAAACAGGGUCACCCGACGCAGGAACCGGGGAUUAUUGUGCGAAGAUUCCGGAUGACGGUGCGCCAGCUGCGGGACCUCCGUGAGGGUGUGUUCAGCACGGAUCAUCUUCGGACGCCACUUGCGGUUGUUCCGGCCCAACCCUUUUCGUGCCACAAAGCCGCCUAAUGGAGAGAUCGGCACCACCUCGGCCAGUGUCGUCUCCCAGGCGGAGAGUGGACCCUUUGUUGUCGCCUCCUCGGCGCGGCAUUCGAGGGCGGGAGUGACUCAGCGCCGGGAUGUGAUGUCCGGCCGCUACUACGCUGUGCGCUUGUGCGUGCAAGUGGGCGGGGCCUGACCAGUUGGGGAGCGGCGUCCUGGCCUAGAGACGUAGGGAAGGGGUACCUUAUAAAAAGAUCGGUUUUACGCGCUCUCGGUGUGUUCUCACGUUGUUCUCAUGCCGUACGGCAGACUGUAUAUAGAAUGUAAAUAAACAGUUUGAGAAGAGACAC